UCACAGUGACGGUGAGUAACUCCCCUCGCGCCCGCGGACGCGGGACGCCGCCGCUCGAGCAGCUCUGUUUCAGUCCCGUACGCCUAAGCCGUUUCUCGUUGUUGGACCCCCGGCCACGACGCGGAGUCGGUCUGAAAGGGGAGACAAAUAUCCAACGCUACCUCAGGCGUGAGCCGCGCCUCAGGAACCAAGGUUCAGACUCUUACCAGGAAGGGUCGACAGGGGGCGCUGCUACACGAGCGAGUCCCUCAGCGGCGAGGCCCAGAGGAUUGUGGGGCUUGUAGUUUUUCUCGCGUCACUUCAGCCUGGCGGACUACACUUCCCAGAAUGCACCCUCUAGCCAGGCCGUCCCGCUGUCCGAAGAGAAGCUGUGGAAGGAUGCGGAUGAACUGUGGGUUGACUUUCAGGUCAGGAAAAGGCCAUUGGAUCCCCAACCUCAGCCGGCAGUGCUCACAUGGAUCCGUUGAGUUAUUUGUGCCACCAAGUCCUCCUCUGGAUCCUGAAAAGGUCAAAGAAUUACAGCGCUUCAUCACUCUUUCCAAGAGAGUCCUUGUGAUGACUGGGGCAGGAAUCUCCACCGAGUCGGGGAUUCCAGACUACAGGUCAGAGAAGGUGGGACUUUAUGCACGCACUGACCGGAGGCCUAUCCAGCAUAGUGACUUUGUACGGAGUGCUCCCAUCCGCCAGCGGUACUGGGCGAGAAACUUUGUGGGCUGGCCUCAGUUUUCCUCCCACCAGCCGAACCCUGCACACUGGGCUCUGAACAAGUGGGAGAAACUUGGAAAGCUGCACUGGUUGGUGACCCAAAACGUGGAUGCCUUGCACACCAAGGCAGGGAGUCAGCGCCUGACUGAGCUCCAUGGAUGCAUGCACAGGGUCCUCUGCUUGGAUUGUGGUGAGCAGACUCCCCGGGGGCUGCUGCAGGAGCGCUUCAAAGCCCUGAAUCGCCACUGGAAUGCUGAGGUCCAUGGCCUGGCUCCUGACGGUGAUGUCUUUCUCUCGGAGGAGCAGGUGCAAAGCUUCCAGGUCCCAGCCUGCAUCCGAUGUGGAGGCCCUCUGAAACCAGAUGUUGUUUUCUUCGGGGACACAGUAAACCCUGACAAAGUUGAUUUUGUGCACAGACGUGUAAAAGAGGCUGACGCCCUCUUGGUGGUGGGAUCAUCCUUGCAGGUGUACUCUGGUUACAGGUUUGUCCUCACAGCCCGAGACAAGAAACUGCCAAUUGCAAUAUUGAACAUUGGGCCCACACGGUCAGAUGACUUGGCAUGUCUGAAGCUGAAUGCUCGUUGUGGACAGUUGCUGCCUUUAAUAGACCCACACUGACCACAGCCUGAUGUUCCUGAUCCAGAAACUGGGCCUUUCAACUUGAAUCUGCUGCCAAAGAUCCCUAAGAAUUCAUCCCCUUUUCCUCCAACUAAUUGAAGCUCACUGACUGCAGGCUGUAGAGGGCAGCAAACCAACAUCUCUGCCAGCCCAUCCUAAACCAGGAGGGUUUCAGAGGCAGGAAGGUAUUCUGCACGCUGAUGAGAUCCAAGAAGCAGCUGCUCUUGAUGGAAAAAUACAUUCACUCCCUUGUCAUGCUGUCUGGUGGAAGAAACAGCCUGGAAAGUGUGCAGGCCCGACUAGUCUCUAGAGUGCUAACCCAGGGUUCUCACUGAUUUAGAGGGUUAAGGCCCAAGGACUUGACUUAAUGUAAAAUUCCAAAUGGUUAAGUGGCUUUAACUGAACCAUUUUGAUAUAUAUUUUUUUUUUUGAAAAGAUGAGCGAUGGCUUCAAAGAAUGUUUUACUAGCCAAUGAAUAAAGGAAUUAUUUUUAAAUCACACACUAGUGGCUGUAUGUUUAUAUAU